CUCCAUUAUCAACAUCUACAAAAGCCUCGGCCUCUCUGCUUCAUUCUCCACCCUAAACCGCCCCCAUUAUUCCGAGACUCGAACGAAAUGGAGCAGAAGCUUGAAACCAAUGGCAAAGGCAAAGUCUGUGUUACUGGAGCUUCUGGGUUUUUUGCUUCUUGGCUUGUUAAGCGAUUGCUUUUGUCUGGCUAUCAUGUGAUUGGUACUGUUAGGAAUCCAGGGAAUGUGAAGAAGGUGGAGCAUCUAUGGAGAUUGGAAGGAGCCAAGGAGAGGCUUCGACUCGUCAAGGCUGAUUUGAUGGAAACUGGGAGCUUUGAUGAUGCUGUGAUGGGAUGUCAUGGCGUUUUCCACACAGCUUCACCUGUCUUAGAUGCUACUCAUUCCAAGGCAGAAACACUGGAACCAGCUAUUGAGGGCACAUUGAAUGUGCUACGUUCAUGCAAGAAGAACCCAUCUCUAAGGCGUGUGGUGCUCACUUCAUCUUCCUCAGCUGUUAGAGUAAGAGAAGAUUUUGACCCCAAAAUACCAUUGGAUGAGUCAUCUUGGACCUCUGUUCAACUGUGUGAGAGACUCAAGCUGUGGUAUGCUCUUGCAAAAACUCUAGCAGAAAAGGCAGCUUGGGGAUUCUGCAAAGAAAACGGAAUCGAUUUAGUAACCGUGCUCCCUUCGGUGAUCAUCGGCCCUAGUUUGUCGCGGGAUUUAUGUUAUACAGCAACUAUUGUCCUUGGCCUGCUUAAAGGGGAGACUGAGGCUUUCCAAUCACUUGGAAGGGUAGGAUAUGUUCAUAUUGACGAUGCUGCCCAAUCCCACAUCCUUGCUUUUGAGAACAAAGAUGCCCAAGGCAGAUACAUUUGCUCCUCAAUUGUGCUCGAAAUCGACGACUUGGCAUCGCGCUUAUCGUCCCGCUAUCCGUUGUUCCCUAUUUCAAAAAGGUUUGAGGCAUCAAACAGACCAUAUUAUGAUUACAACAUAUCAAAGGUUGAGAAAUUGGGGAUCAAGUUCAAGUCUGUUGAAGAGAUGUUUGGUGACUGCAUUGCUUCUCUCUUGGAGCAAGGCCAUCUUUCUUCACCUUAAUUUAUACCAUAUCAUACCACUCCCUCUUACUUGAAAAUCAUAUUUCAAUAUCUCCAAGUUUGUAGUAAUUAAAUAUACAAUAAGGUUUAUAUAUC